AUUAUGACUUGUAAGGAAAUCCCACGAUGUGAAGUUUCACAGCAUUGCACUCCCGACGACGCUUGGAUGAUUAUCCGAAAUGAUGUACUUGAUGUUACCAGCUUCUUUGACGAACAUCCCGGUGGCAUGGAAAUUAUGCUUGAAUAUGUAAGUUUCCCAUCGGCUAUAGGAUACGAUAGCUUGAAGAGUACUGUAGGGAUUGGUAGUGACGCCACCGAUGCAUUCGAAAGC